AUGAGGGUCGGGCAGAAUGAUGUGAGAGGGGACGAUAAUGGGGCAAUAAUGAGUGGUCCGUUUUGCUGCGGCGAGCAGAGCUGCCCUCCAUGUGAAACACGUCAAAAGUCCGAAGAUAAACGCGCUUGCACUCGGUGUCCGCCUGUGCAGGACUCGCAGAUAGACAAGGUGAGAGGGGAUGAGAGCAUGCAAGGUGAGGUGAGAGGGAAUGAGAGCAUGCAGGGUGAGGUGAGAGGGGAUGAGAGCAUGCAGGUUGAGGUGAGAGGGGAUGAGAGCAUGCAGGGUGAGGUGAGAGGGGAUGAGAGCAUGCAGGAUGAGGUGAGAGGGGAUGAGAGCAUGCAGGGUGAAGUGAGAGGGGAUGAGAGCAUGCAGGGUGAGGUGAGAGGGGAUGAGAGCAUGCAGGGUGAGGUGAGAGGGGAUGAGAGCAUGCAGGGUGAGGUGAGAGGGGAUGAGAGCAUGCAGGGUGAGGUGAGAGGGGAUGAGGGUGAGCAAGAUGAGGUGAGAGGGGAUGAGAGCAUGCAGGAUGAGGUGAGAGGGGAUGAGAGCAUGCAGGAUGAGGUGAGAGGGGAUGAGAGCAUGCAGGAUGAGGUGAGAGGGGAUGAGAGCAUGCAGGAUGAGGUGAGAGGGGAUGAGAGCAUGCAGGAUGAGGUGAGAGGGGAUGAGAGCAUGCAGGAUGAGGUGAGAGGGGAUGAGAGCAUGCAGGAUGAGGUGAGAGGGGAUGAGAGCAUGCAGGGUGAGGUGAGAGGGGAUGAGAGCAUGCAGGGUGAGGUGAGAGGGGAUGAGAGCAUGCAGGGUGAGGUGAGAGGGGAUGAGAGCAUGCAGGGUGAAGUGAGAGGGGAUGAGAGCAUGCAGGGUGAGGUGAGAGGGGAUGAGAGCAUGCAGGGUGAAGUGAGAGGGGAUGAGAGCAUGCAGGGUGAGGUGAGAGGGGAUGAGAGCAUGCAGGGUGAGGUGAGAGGGGAUGAGAGCAUGCAGGGUGAAGUGAGAGGGGAUGAGGGUGAGCAAGAUGAGGUGAGAGGGGAUGAGAGCAUGCAGGACGAGGUGAGAGGGGAUGAGAGCAUGCAGGAUGAGGUGAGAGGGGAUGAGAGCAUGCAGGAUGAGGUGAGAGGGGAUGAGAGCAUGCAGGAUGAGGUGAGAGGGGAUGAGAGCAUGCAGGAUGAGGUGAGAGGGGAUGAGGGUGGGCAGGAUGAGGUGAGAGGGGAUACGUGA